CCGACUGAGCCAUUCAGGCACCCCAAAUCAUGAUUUUUUUUAUGUCAACACACAUAUGAAAAUAUAUCAUUAAAAGCUAGCAAAGUUGUAUAUUAUCCCCAGUCUAAAGCCGGUUCAUGAGACUAAGCAAAUUGCAAAUACUUUGUUUUCUUAAUUACCUCUCUAAUGUAUACCAUAGAAGUUUUUAUAUGCAUACAUGCAUCUUUGUAGACUUGAAUUUAUUGUUGCUUAGAAAUUUGUUAUUAAAUUUAGGGGGGAAAUCCCUCAAGUUCCAUUUCAAGGCACAGCAUUUUUUUUUUUUUCAAGAUUAGGAAAUCAGGAUGGAGCUUCAGGAUGGAACACAAAAUAUUUCGGGAAUAAUCAUCCUACCAUCCAACUGCUAUUUACGGGGCACUGACUGCAUGCCAGCACUCUGUAGGUGCCUUACCUACAUUACAUAUGUGUAGUCGUCACCAAAACACUCCCAAGUUGGCAGAGGAGAGCGCUGGGGCUCAGAAGAGGGAAUCAUUUUUCCAAGUUCACACAGCUGUUAAGUAGUGGAGCUGGAUGAGAAAUACAUAUAUUUUUUUCCUUUUUUCUUUUUCUUUUUCUUUUUCUUUUUUUUUUUUUUAGUACUUCCAGUUCAGUGCUGUUUUGGAUUGAUGACCUGGGAAUGACCAUUCAAGGGGGAGGGGAAGGGCUUGAGGCAGGCACAGCACUGGCAGGGGUUAAGGCACUUGCAAGAAAGAGUAAGUGUUUGGGGCAAGAAUGUAGCUUUUGUCAUUUUGGUACCAGAAGGGGUACCCCACCCAGUGUGCCAACCUGAUGCGUCUUAGUAUCUGAUUUUACAAAUACUGAACCCAACUAGCAACCAUUUGUAUCUUAUCUUCUACAUAACUGUCUUUUUCUCACAACAGCUGUGUUUCAGGUGACACUCCUUGCAUGGUGUUGGUUAAAAACCCGGCAAGAACAGUGAAGGCCCUUAUUUAAGAAGGGAAAGGAUUUAUAAAUGCUUCAUCCAUAAACUGACACCGGACUCGUUUACUGCCUUCCUCUAACCUUUAGUUUCAGGUUAAGCUUGCCUUCCAGUGACUCUAAUGACAGAGAAGCUGCAAAUGGAUAUGAGUGAAGUUCUUACAUGUCAAAACCUGGCACAGAAACAUUUUUGUUUGUUUGUUUUUAUGUAUAAAAGGUGGAAAGAGCAAAUCAAAGGCUAUUCUUUAAUAGCCAAAUGUAAUUAAAAUGCAUCGUCAGAUUUACAUUUUAGUACCGAAGAGGCAUUGAUAUCACCUGUUUCUGAAAUGAGAUUGCUGAUUCAAAAAAAGAAACCCAAAUCUCAAUAUAUAGAAAAUCUUCUUACCCGCCUCCUCUUUUUUUUAAUUGUGAUGUUAUGAUAUCAUUUAUAGGGUAAGAUGGAAAUGUAUCUCUUAUGGAAACUGUAAAUAUACCUAAGAUUCUAUCAGUUAGGGAGCUUCAGACAGAGGGAUUUUUUUUUUCCCCUAUAAUCAAGUAUUUAGCAAAGACAACAUGAAGCUCCUUGGACUGUGCUCAGUCAUACAGUCCAACCUUCCCAUACCUUUUUUCUUUUUCUCCUAGAGUAGUUUAGUUGCUUACCUACAGUGAUUCAAAAGUGAGACACUUUGGUUUAUCAUCAAUAUUCUGGUUUCAUCUUUGUUGGGGCUGGUCAUGUGGGGACUGAGCUAUUUCGACAUGCCUUUUGAGCUUUGUCCCUCCGUCAAGGAGCUCGAGAAGUGGAGAUGAGGGCCCUCAGAGGUGAUUUCUCCGACCUACCAGCUGUAGGAUUCAGAACAGCUGGAUUUCUUUUCAGAGGCUGGAGGCCCAGAUGCACAAAUGUGAGAGCCAGGGGCUGGGUGGCCCGUGGUCACCACAGCUUGAUUCUCUGAUCCAGCUUUUCCCUUCCUUUCCCUGCCCCAUCCCCAAAGCGCCAGUGAUAGAAUCAUGUGAGGUUGGUGACGUGUUGAGGGCUGUCGGCAUAUUCCUUACUUAGGAGUCUUACUCUGAAUGCAUGUGUAAGGAAAUUAUAGAGCGGGUAGAAUCGUGAUUCUCUAUGUCAACAAAAAGUGGUUAUCAGUUAAAAAAAUAAGCACUAGAUUGAAAGUGGCAAUAACUGGUUUCUGCCGUCUCCCUUGACCUUGAAAAAGAUCUAUAACUCGUCUGCAUGUCUCUUCGGUGUACCUGGGGUAAUGUGUAUUUCCUAGAGCUUUAGUGUGGUUGAGAUAACCUGCGGGAAGGGUUUUGAACUCCUUAAAGAAUGAUGCUUGUGGGUCCUUUUGAGUCCCCCACCCCUCUGUUCCUCAGGUUGGAGUGGUGGUGGGGUUCCAUGCUUGGGUGCAGGAAGAAUACCUUCUACCCCUUGACACUGUAUUCGUCAGGAAGGCCUGUGUAGGCACCACCCUUUGGGUCAGCAGUGAUUGGGACCCCCACCGCGCUGUGCUGGGAGAGUACAGGAUCUGCAGAUAGAAGAAGGCAUCUCUCUGCAGGCUGAGGACAGGCAGCCAUGGAAGGUGUAUUCCUUCCUGGCUUGCCUACUCCUCCUUCACCCAGCCCACCGCCUGGUACCCAGGCUCCUCUGGUCACCUGCCAUGACACAGGAAAGUGAAUCCAAAGAGGCUGGUGCUUCCUACCUGCCUCGAGUGGGGCCGACUGGGAACACCUUUCUGAGCAACCCAGCAGUGUGAGCAUACUCGUUCCCGCUGCCAUCAGCCAUGUCCUUCAGUGCCACCAUCCUCUUCUCCCCUCCCGGUGGCAGCGAGGCCAGAUGCUGCUGCUGUGCUUGCAAGAGCGAGACCAGCGCGAGCAGCGCAGGGUCCCAAGGCGGGAACCCUCCCGCCAGCACCCCCAUCACGGUGACUGGACACGGCCUGGCCGUUCAGAGUUCCGAGCAGCUCCUGCACAUUAUCUACCAGCGGGUGGAGAAGGCUGUGGGCCUGGCCGAGGCCGCUCUGGGGCUCGCCAGGGCCAACAACGAAUUGCUGAAACGUCUCCAGGAGGAGGUGGGUGAACUGAGGCAAGGGAAAGCCUCUGCCCCCGACGAGGAUGCAGACAGCCGGGCGCAGGACUCCCCGCCCGAGGAGCCAGGGCCUCUCAAGGAGAGCCCUGGGGAGACGUGCAAGGCAGCAGCCGCGGCGGAAGAGGAGUGUGACAGCGUGGGCAGCGGCAUGCAGGUGGUGAUCGAGGAGCUGUGGCAGGUGGGAGCCGCCUCGGCCGUGGGGCCCGGGCCCUUGGGCUUCCCGGCCGCGCAGAGAGACGCGCGGCUCCCGGGGUGCCCCCUGGCGGCCGGCGACGCGGCCCCGCUGCUCAAUCCCAAAUUGGUCCACAAUGUGCAUAACCACAUCACCAAUGACAAGAGAUUCAAUGGGUCUGAAAGCAUCAAGUCCUCUUGGAAUAUUUCAGUAGUGAAGUUCCUUCUGGAAAAGCUCAAGCAGGAGCUGGUGACCAGUCCCCACAAUUACACUGAUAAGGAGCUGAAAGGAGCCUGUGUAGCCUACUUCCUUACUAAGAGGCGUGAGUACCGCAACUCCCUGAACCCCUUUAAAGGCCUGAAGGAAAAAGAGGAGAAGAAGCUUCGAAGUCGCAGAUACCGGCUUUUUGCCAACCGAUCCAGCAUCAUGAGGCAUUUUGGACCUGAGGACCAACGCCUGUGGAAGGAUGUGACAGAGGAGCUGAUGUCAGAUGAAGAGGACAGUCUUAAUGAGCCAGGUGUCUGGGUGGCCCGGCCUCCCCGGUUCCGGGCCCAGCGCCUCACAGAGCUCUGCUACCACCUGGAUGCCAACUCUAAGCAUGGCACUAAAGCCAAUCGUGUGUAUGGGCCUCCCUCAGACCGAUUACCUUCUGCUGAGGCCCAGCUCCUUCCACCAGAACUUUAUAAUCCUCAUUUCCAAGAAGAGGAAGACGAGGGAGGUGAUGAGAAUGGACCUGUCUCCCCAUCUUUCGACCAACCCCACAAAACCUGCUGUCCUGACUUGAACUCAUUCAUUGAAAUCAAGGUGGAAAAGGAUGAAUGAAAUCUGUAACCAAGAAUAACUCUGGAUUCUGCCAUUCCCCAUGUCCCAGGAAUGGGGCUUCCCAGAAUAACAAGAUGUCCUCUGCAGUCGCUCUCUUCUCACCACAGUCCCCAAUGGAAGUGAAGCUGGCAGCUGUGGUGGGAUAAAAAAAAAACUUACCUAGAAGAGGGACCUCCCUGCUCCCUGGGAACGGCAAGCCAGAAAAUGCUUAUUUCUAAGCACACACAGUGCCUCGGGGUGCCUGGGCUGAGAAAAGGAGGAGGA